CCUCCCAUUACCUCCCGAAACACAAUAGUAGGCGGAGUCCCCAAGCCAGCCAACCCCCAUCAGAAGUGUUGACGGGGGGAGGGGCAGAGCAGACGAGCCAAGCGAGGGGAGAAGGGUAUCAGCUAGGCUUGAGACCAGAGAAUACAGUGUAAACCUGCUGGCCAGCCAGUCCACACAGGAAGCUACUGCUGCAGUCAACCCUGUCCCUGUCCUUCAAUACACUGAGCUGCCACUUACUCUCUCAGAUAGCAGCACGAUCUCAAUCGGCUGUCCCUCAGAGGAAGGAGACGGCCAAGUGGGAGGAAGAAGGGGUGUAUGUUAUUUUUGUUAUUUUUUUAUUCUGAAUAUGUAGUCAGGCAGUGUACACAGAGCCAUGAUUACACUUCCGUGUGGACAGAAUAGACGCUAAGCCAUCCGUCAAACUCUUGUGCAGUUAUCAGGCGAUCUAAGGUCUUUUUCAGCUUGCUCUGCUACCUUCUGGUUUCAUGCAGGCUCCUGCCCCUGAAUACUGAUUAGCCGGGAGGCUUUUUUUUCUCUCUCUCUCUCUCUCUCGUUCUCUCGCUCUCCGCGAAACACUAUCUUGAUUGUUAUGCCGUCUGUAGAAAAGCUUUUUCUCUCUCUGUCUCUGGUGUAAAGGUCAUGUUACACCCAGCAGUCCUGGCUGUGUUGUCAGGGAACACAAAUACUUCUUGGUGGGUUAACUCUCUCUCUCGCUCUCCAAUUGUCCUUUUUCAUGCAUGGGCUAAACAGAGUCAUUGGAGGUGGAGCUGGCAGCGAUCAUCAAGGCUGAAACUAGGGCAAGCAGAGGGAAAUGUAACCUGAACUCCAUGCUGAACCAAAGAGCACAGCCUCCCAGUGAGUAGAGGAGAACUAUCUAGUCGUAGUCUCGGUGGACUAGCUCGUGACGGCCCUGCUGCACACACAACACAGUGUCUUUUCCACUGUGUUUUUAAAUGGGCAGAAUGUAGGCGUUUUACAGUGUCUCGUGAAAACAGGGUCCUGCAACACAGCUGUUUAACCUGAGAGAGAAGGAGAGGACGAGAAGGGGGGAUGGAGGGAGAGAAGGAGAGGCCUGAGAGCGUUAAAUUGAGGCUUUGCUUCCAUUUCCUGGUUUUUAUUGAAUUGGUUAUUUUUUUCUGCCUACCUCAACUGCUCGGGAAACACAUUCGUAAAAGCACACUCAUAAUCGGUCAACCUGCGCCGUGCUCCGCUGCCUGACCUUUGAACUCUGAACAGAGCCCGUUGUUGUCUGACGUCUGUUAGCAGAGUGUACCAGUAGGCUGUGGCCAUUCAUGAUGCCUCAACCCACAGAGACGAGGCUAGAGACGCUGAAAUCGACGACAUAGAGAUGCAGAUGGAGUCUCCGGUCUCCGUGCCCGUCACUCCACCACUCCAUCUCAUGGCGCCGGUGGGCAACAGCAAUGACAGCAUCGCCUCACCCUGUGAGCAGAUCAUGGUGCGCACGCGCUCAGUGGCGUCCAACACGACGGACAUGGCCUUGGCCACGGAGCCCGAGUGCCUGGGGCCCUGCGAACCCGGGACCAGCGUCAACCUGGAGGGCAUCGUCUGGCAGGAGACCGAGGACGGCAUGCUGGUAGUUAACGUGACCUGGAGAAACAAGACCUAUGUCGGCACCCUCCUGGACUGCACCAGACACAACUGGGCCCCGCCAAGGUUCUGUGAGUCCCCCACCAGUGACUUGGAGAUGAGGAACGGCCGGGGCCGGGGGAAGAGGAUGAGGCCUAACGGAAACACACCCGUCAACGAGAAUAGCAACUCGUCGGACAACAAGGGCAGCGGCACCAGCAAGACGCGCGCCGCCAACAGCAGCAGCAAGAGCCGACGGGGCACGCCGCCCAACAGCAACACAGAAGACGUCAAAGCCAGCCCUUCGUCGGCUAACAAGCGCAAGAACAAGCCCGCCUCAGACAUGGAGCCCAACUCCAGCUCGGAGGACACCAAGGGCAGCAAACGCAUGCGCACCAACUCCAACAGCGGCCCUGGAGGAGUGCCCCAGCCGCCUCACAUCGUCCUCCCUGGCAAACCCAGCAUAAAGAUGGAGCCACUGCCCCCACAGCAACUCGACCGCAACUGCCCUUCGCCGGUGCUCAUUGACUGCCCGCACCCCAACUGCAACAAGAAGUACAAGCACAUUAAUGGCCUCAAGUACCACCAGGCCCGUGCCCACAAUGAUGAUGACAUCAGGCUGGACAUGGACGGGGACAGUGAGUACGGGGAGGACUCUACGCUCCACCCCGAUCCGAGCAGCUGCAAUGGGGCCUCCAUCUCUCAAAGGGGCUGCUUGUCACCGGCUCGCUCAGUCACGCCCAAGGGUAGGGGCUUUGAGGCCCAGACUCCGUCGCCCUCCUCGGGUAAGUUUGGCUCCAAGCAGGGUAAAAAGAAGCCCUGCGAGGUCGAUCUAGAGGCAGGGGGCAUGCCCAUGGAUGGCUGUGAGGACGGGCCCUGCCUAACGGACGAGGCCAGCAACGACGGCAUGGACGACAAGAAGGACAAAGCCAAGAAGACGGGUAGCGGCUCCAAGGCAGACAAGCUGGCCCAGAAGGGCAUGAAGUUAACGCGGCCCAUCGCCCCGACCAUACCACCUCAGCAGCUCUACUCCCUACAGACGGCAGGUGGCUUCCCUGCAGCCAGCCCUGGCUCCACCCCUGCCAUUAGUUCAGCAGUUCAGUCUAUCCCCAAGAGCCCACAGCUGAAAGCGAUCCAGCCCAAGCCCUCCGCCCUGGGAGACCCCUCGUCUGUGAACCCAGCGCUGAGCGGCUCCAAGGACAAGAAGAAGAAAGACAAGAAGAAGAAGGAGGCAGGAAAGGAGGGAGAUAGCCCCAAAGGGAAAGGGGGAAAGCCAGAGGAAGGCAAGAGCCCGUACUCUGAAUCUUCGGACCCGGGGAGCAAAGGCGACGGGCUGCUGAACGGCUCAUCAGACCCCCACCAGAGCCGGCUGGCCAGCAUCAAGGCCGAGGCGGACAAGAUCUACAGCUUUACCGACAACGCUCCCAGUCCCUCCAUCGGUGUGGCCAGCAGGAUAGAGGCUGGAGGCAUGGCCCAGCCCCUCACCCCAAUCCAUGUGGUCACACAGAACGGAGCCGACAACUCCUCGGUGAAGACCAACAGCCCGGCCUACUCUGACAUCUCAGACGCGGGCGAGGAUGGCGAGGGCCGGGUGGAGGGCGUUAAGGGAGUCAAGUCCGAGGAGCAGGUCACCCGAGAGGGGGCCAAGAAGUCCCUGUUCCCCACCCAAACAGCCAGCAAGGAGUCCCCCUACUAUCCCGGCUACGAAAAUUAUUACUCCCCAAACUACGCCAACCCUAGCCCGGGGGUGUCAGCCACGGGGGGCACACAACAGGAGGGGGCCCAGGUCAAGGUGAAAAAAGAGGAGCAGGAGGAGCGUAAGGUCAAGCAGGAGCAGCAGGAGGAGCGUAAGGUCAAGCAGGAGCAGCAGGAGGAGCGUAAGCCCGAGAUAGGUACCUCUGGACCGGGGCAACAGCAGCAGCAACAGGCCUCGGUCAUCCAGCAGCGCUCCAACAUGUAUAUGCAGCCUCUCUACUACAACCAGUACGCCUACGUUCCCCCGUACGCCUACCACCCGGACCAGGCCUACCACAACCACCUGCUGAACACCAACCCGGCCUACCGGCAGCAGUACGAUGAGCGGCAGAGGCAGGUGGUAGCCGAGCAGCACCGCGCCACAGAGAAGAAAUCAGACGCUGCUGGAAAGGAGCGAGAGCGAGAGGGCUCCUCAGGGAAGGAGCGGGGUGAGGAAUGGAAGCAGAAGGCUUUGGUGCCCCCCACCCUGUCCAAGGCUCCCAGUGUCACAGACCUGGGCAAAGGCGGGCCGCCCCAGGGCAAGCCGCCCAAAGAGCCCUCGUCCUCCUCGGAGCAGACCAAGUCAUCGGUCAUCAUGCCCAAGGGGGAGGACGCCAAGGCACCGGCCCAGCAGGCUGAAGGACUGAAGAUGAAGCUGAGUGAAGGAGGGCACCAUGGGAAGGGGGAUGAACCCAAGGCGGGCAUGGAGUCCGGCAGGCCCUCGGCCAUGGAACAGGCCAUGUGGUACAGACAGGAGCCUGACUCGCGGCUGUGGCCUUACCUCUACCCCAGCAAAUACCCUGAGGCCCAGAAACCACAGGACGUGGAGCGCCACAGGGAAAGAGACCGAGGAGAGCGGGACAGAGACCGAAAGGGCAAGGAGGGCAGGGACGAGAGGGCUCGGCCCAAAGACCCCACCCCGAAGGAGGAGAGCAAAGAGGGGGUUGAGCCCCGGUUGUCUUUGGCCUUGGAGGAACACCGGGGGGUGGGAAAGGACCCAAGGGCCACCGCUGGCCACAUGCAGUUCUCCUCUCCCAUGGCCCAGCACCAAGGCUACAUGCCUUACAUGCAUGGAGCCUACGCUUACGGCCAGGGCUAUGACCCCAGCCACCCAGGCUACCGUGGGAUGCCAUCAGUCAUGAUGCAGAACUACCCUGGGUCCUACUACUCAUUCUCCCCCUAUGGUAGUAAGAUGGGGCCGGGCGAGGAAGGCGGCGAGAAGGCAGCGCGCGCCAGCCCCACGGUCAGUGGCAAGUCGUCCUCCGAGGCCAAGGCCCUGGACAUCCUUCAGCAGCACGCCAGCCAGUACAAGAGCAAGUCGCCCACGGUUGGCGACAAGACCUCCUCGCAUGAAAGGGAACGGGAGCGCGCUGUGGCCGAGCGCGAGCGAGACUUGGACCGGCCGCGUUCCUCUCCCUCACAGCGCAUCAUGCCUUCCCAUCACCACCUGGGCUACCCGCUGCUCUCGGGGCAGUACGACCUGUCCUACGCCACAGGUCUCUCUUCAUCAGCCAUAGUUGCCAGUCAACAAGCCUCCUCCCCCUCCAUGUACCCCCCUGCACGGAGAUGAGAAUGGGAGACCUGAUUGGCUGACCUCGACCUUGCUUGGAGCCAUGUGACUGGAUCACACGAAGAAGCCUGCUGCAGAGCUCAUUUUAAGACAUCAGUUCAAUGGUGUUUGGUGUGUUUUUUUUAGUUUCUGCCUGGUUGUUCCGGCUGUUCUGCUUCCUCCUCCCUCCGCUAGUGGGAUGGCCACCCUACGGCAAGGCUUCCCGUGGCUGGGUUGAGGGCUCGCCGAGCCCCAUCCUCUGGCCGGCCAGCCAGUCACGUGAUGGACUAAAAGGUCAGAGGCCUGACGAGGCUGACACGUUCUGAUGGAGUGAGGCCUUAUCACACGGACGGCCAUAUUGGAAGUGGAGGGUGCAGAUGGGACAGGGGUCAAUCAUAAAUCACUACAUAGAGAUAUGGACCUAUAGGACUGAUGGCUGACCCUGAGACUCAGCGUAAUGGGCUGCAGCUUGACUUCUGGGUUGUUUCAUUCAUCCACCAAACUACCCACUGACAUUUUGAGACAUUCAUUGCAAUGGACCCAUUUUUUUUGGGGGGGGGGGGUCGUUGUUUGGGCCAGAGGAGGGGUGACUGAAAGGGGAGCGACUGGUUUUCGUUGUCUCCAUCCCUCUCCACCACUCUGGGCUUUCUAUGCAAGCCGAAGUUGCUCUUCUCCUUAAUACUGACAGAGACAGCCCUCCUCUUCCUCUGUUCAGUUCCAGGAGGACAGACAUUCAUGUUGAAUCUGUAGUUGUUUUGUGUGAAAAGUUAUCAAUCGCCUACUUGAGUUCAUUCAGAGAGUCAAACUAUCCGUGUUUGUUGUUUUGUUGCUUUUUAUUUGUACAAGGCUUUUUAUUUUGGUGCGUUGUUCGUUCCACAGCAUUAGUCUCGUCACUAUUCAUGUUUUUGUAUUAUUUUAGCAGUUUAUUUGAAUAUUUUUUUUUUUCUUUGUGUCUUGUUGGCUUGACGACCAUGUUUCCAUCUCACUCUGACCCAGUGGUAAAACAAACUCCUUUGGCUGUUUGUCCCUGUGUUGAACGCUACUGGCCUUUCUGUGGUGGCGGUGACAGCUGUCUCCUGGUUUCCUUUCCCAAAGGGUCAUGCAGUUUACAAAGUAGCUCCAAUGCAUCUGCUCCAGCUCCCAGCUGCUCAGCAAGGGCCCUGGCUUAAAGGGAGAGGACAUAUUUGUGCCUGGAGGUACUUUGGCUAAGAGAGAAGAGGAACAGAGAGGAGCAGAGAUGUACCAUCCUGGUGCUUUCCAAGCUGUGACCUGGCAGGUUGCACUAAUCAGAGGAGCUGCCUGGACUCUUCAGAUGUUGCCUCUAGUUCCAUCUUCACUGGGCACUGCAGAGGCUGGAGGGGGAGAGGGGUUCUCAGACAGGCAGGCAGGCAGGCAGGUAGCCCAGGUCGUAAAGUGCACAAGGCUUUUGUUUUGUCUGUUUAUGCACACUGUCUGGGACCUACAUGGCUAUAUGAGAACGGUCUGCAAGCCACCGUCUGGCUGUCGCUAGUCUCUCACCGAACUGCAUCAUGGGUUAUCUGCAGUCGUCCCUCAUCAAUGGACAUGUAAGAACACAAAGGGGAAACUCUCUAGAGCUGUCAGAGGAUGCUCAGUAGAUAUGACUGCACUCACUCUCCCUCUGUUCUGGCCUGUAGUGAUGGAGAGACGGGCAGGUCUCUCCCUCUGUUCUGGCCUGUAGUGAUGGAGAGACGGGCAGCUCUCUCCCUCUGUUCUGGCCUGUAGUGAUGGAGAGACGGGCAGCUCUCUCCCUCUGUUCUGGCCUGUAGUGAUGGAGAGACGGGCAGCUCUCUCCCUCUGUUCUGGCCUGUAGUGAUGGAGAGACGGGCAGCUCUCUCCCUCUGUUCUGGCCUGUAGUGAUGGAGAGACGGGCAGCUCUCUCCCUCUGUUCUGGCCUGUAGUGAUGGAGAGACGGGCAGCUCUCUCCCUCUGUUCUGGCCUGUAGUGAUGGAGAGACGGGCAGCUCUCUCCUGUAAUAUUUAUUCUAGGACUUCUAGUUGUGGAGUGCUGUGUUACUGGGAGUUGGCACAUGCCCCUGUUAAUUUUUUGGUGAAUGAGCGCAAUUUCAAAAUGGAGUCUCUCCUGCAGGCCCACCUCCUCUCACCUCCCUCUCCUUUCCAACUAUCUCUGUCUGUUUGUGUGUGGCUGCAUGGUGUAAACAUUAGCCCCGCACAAUGUCCCUCCUAGUGGAUCAAGUCAGAUGCACAUUGCUUUGGGACACUGUUCCCAUCUCCGCCCCUCUCACUGUGGUUUCUGUUUAAAGUGUACAGAGGAAUUCGUUUUUCAACGGUUGUCGGACGCUAUUGGAAAAUGUCCUAUGCUUUCUGUCUUGUUAGCCUUCUCCCCCCCACCCCUUUCCAUUGUUGAUAUAAUAUAAACUGUGGAGUCCAACCCUUCAGUAGCCUCUGUUGUUAUUAACCCCUCCACCAGUAGCCUGUAUCCCCACUCUUGAAGCCCAUGAUGCCAUUUUAGUCCCCUCGUCACACACGUUCCCAAGCCGCCUCGACCACCCUCAAGGAAAACAAGUCACAUUUCAACCUUGUCAUUUUAACCCUCAUUUGUUGCUCUUGUUUGUUGUUUGUUUUUUGUUUCCAUGAGAUACUGCUCAUGAAUGCUUUGUGUUGUUAUUACUACCUGCCGGGAUAGACGAAGGUUGAGGGCCGAGCAGCUGCCCACAGAGGAGUGAUAGAGAGGUAGAACUCAGAUUCUCCCACCGCGUCCUCUCUUCUCCUGCUAAUGAUCCCCAUUCAUCCUGCCGCAGCCGCACAGCGCCCACUCAACCGCCUGUCUGUAAAUCAGUAAAUCUGAUUCGCCGUGAUGCUUUCCUUGCCCUUCAUGGAUCUGGCGUGCUUUUGAGAGAGCAGCACAGGAAAUCUGAACUAAUAAAUUUGAUUUUUUUUUGUGUGUGUGUGUUUUAUACAUAAAUGUGAUUUAGCGAAGCCAAUGGGAAUGACACGUUUGUUGUGGCAGCGGCGGUGAAACAGACCUCAAACAGACCAAAGUGGCGUUUCAUUCACCAAGAGAUCAGGCCAACGCUAUCAUGAACAAUUAUAUAGGCCGUGCUCAGAGCACUGCCCCCUGUGAGAGUCCAUUCAUUCCAGUAAUACUCUAAUAGUUCUCCUAAUCAGACACGUUCCAGUUGAAUUACCCUGAUAAACACUAACAUAAGAGGCCUGUAGGAUCCAUAAUGAUCCAGUCACUAGAAAAAGGGGGGGGGAUCUCCAUUCAAGUCAAUGUUCAAUGACGUCUGGAAUGCCAUUCUAUUGCUUCUAUUUCUAUGGUAAGCUCAUCGAGGUUGACUUUGGUUCUGUCCUGUCCUGUAGUGAUGUCAGUUCAUAUGUUACUGUUGUAUGAAUGUUGUUGACGGGUGACCUGGUUGAUAAGCCCUACUCUCACCACAAUACUGUUGAUGCUCAGCCUUGAUUGGAUGCUGGCACAGAUUAUAUUCCCCCCCCCGCCCCCUGUCCUUUUCUCUGAAGUAGAGGGUUUAGGUUUUGUUUGGAAAUAUGUCUUGUCAUACAAUGGGAGAAGAGCCCGUGUUAAAAAAUAAAAUGCUUUUAACACGUUCUGUAUGGAGUGUGAUCGGAGGUCAGAACCAGAUUAUAUAUUAAUACUCAUUUAACGGGUCUGUUAAACCAGGACCUCUGCUGGUGAAAAAUGUUUAUUUUUAUUUUUAUGAUACGCGGAAAAAAGUGCUUGAUACAUUUUUUUGGGAGGAUCGAGUUUGGGGAUUCUUUUUUGUUUUUUUUAAUACAGACAGAGAAAUUAGAUAAUGAUCAUACUCCCACGGCAGCCGUUGUUGAGGUGUUGUCUCACUGUGCUUGGGUAGUCUGUCAUUCCUUGUGUUACUCCGCCGCGGGAGGACAAUGUUCUUGUGGGAUUUCCUUUUCCUGUUUCUUUAUUCAUAAGCCCGCCCCCUAAACCCACGUCCCCUAAACCCACGUCCCCUAAACCCACGUCCCCUAAACCCACGCCCCCUAAACCCACGUCCCCUAAACCCACGUCCCCUAAACCCACGUCCCCUAAACCCACGCCCCCUAAACCCACGUCCCCUAAACCCACGCCCCCUAAACCCACGCCCCCUAAACCCACGCCCCCCUAAACCCACGGCCCCUAAACCCACGCCCCCCUAAACCCACGUCCCCUAAACCCACGUCCCCUAAACCCACGUCCCCUAAACCCACGCCCCCCUAAACCCACGCCCCCCUAAACCCACGCCCCCUAAACCCACGUCCCCAGAGCAGUAGCUCAGUAUCAGUCAUCGGUACUUGAGAGAAAGAUGUUUACAGCUUUUUUUAAUUGCUAUGUUUUGUUUUGGUUCCAUCCCCCUCUUUGCCCCUCCCCCUUUCCCCCCCCAAGGGUUUCUCUCUUAUGUAAAGUGUACAUUGCCACAUGUCUUUUUUUAUACAAUGCUGUAACUUGCCUUUGUACAUUUAGGCGAAAAAAUAAAUCUUUUUAUGAGACAAUCA